CACCUAACAAAUAAAAAAAAUUAGUUUAAGUUAUGAUUAAAACGUACUAAACUAUAUGACUAUAUACUUACAAAUACUUAAAUUAACUUUUUUUACAAGUAGGCUGUAGGCCGAACUAGCAGUAGUUAGCCCAACUCUACUGCUACUACUUUAGACUAAUAGUAGGCCCUUAUAACUUAUAAUUAUAACACUAUAAUAUAAUAAACACCACGGUGCUAGUAGUAUUAGUAUACUACUACUACUCACUACUAGUAGUAUACUACUAGUAGUAGUAGUAGGCUAAUUAGUACUAGUGGGUCUAUUCUAUUAAUUAUUAAUAUACUAUUACUAUUAUUUAAAUAGGCCGCCUAUGCUUCUACUUCUAAUACUUCUAUUAAUUAACUAUAUUAUUAGUAUUAGUAUCUAUUAGUAUUAAUUAAACUAUUAAUAUUAUAUAUAUAAGUAUAAGCCAUAAGCCAAUUAUAAUAUCUAUUUUUACUAGUAAUAGUAAAUAUUUUAUUUAGAAAUUACUAAUAAUUUAGUAGGCCUCAUUAGUAAUUACUAAUUACUGUAACUAUAGGCAUAUAGUAUAGUAUAGCAUAGUAUAAAUAGUAGUAUAUUAUUAUAGGUUAUCUAUUACAUUUCAGCCUAAUUUAUACUAUAUAAUGUAAUAUGUAAAAAAUAUAUAUUUUAAUUUUUCAAGUUAGGAGCAGAAACAAGUUCAUAAGAUAAAUACAAAGUAUGUCUUUGAUUUUACAAGCUAAAGCUUCACUUCGUCAAAUGAUAAAGCAACGAAUUAAUGGACUUUCUUCAUACGAAAAGGAUCAACAAUCAAAGAUUAUCAUGAAUCAGGCAAUUUUUUUCAAAUUUAAUUUAUCACCAUCCAUUGUCAUCCUAUUCUAGAACACUUUCUAUGACUAUGCACAAAUCAUAGGAUAUGACAUAAGUUAUAAGGCACUGUUCCUACAGAUUGUAACAGAUCAGGGCCAUAUGUGAGCACAUAGUUAUAAAAUCUAUAAUUUCACACAAAUGCAUUAUUGUAUUACCUCUAUCUAUCAUAUUCUAGAGUUACGAUAAUUUUAAACAUUUAAUUAUCAUAUAUAACUCCUUGACUUUCACUUUCUAUUUCUUGCUUUAAAAAAAAAUUAAAACUAAAAAAAAAAAAAUCAUUUCAACAGAAUCAGACUGGUCAUGGUGUCACCUUGCCAGAUGGCAUGUGGGCCCCCUUAACUUAAACAUAAGACCAGAUGGUUAGGAAAAUCCAAUUCUGCAACAAUUAUAUUUAGACAGUGAUGAUGCUGCUGUCAGUACCUUUGUAAAUCUAUUGACAAUCUUUCCAAUGAUGCAAGAUUCAGAAAAAGUUUGAUUCAAAAACAAAACAAGAAGCUAUUGUUAUAUUUUAAAGUUUUCUUAAGUUUCAAACCGUAUAGUCUGCAUUCACUUAAUUGUAUACAUUUUAUUAUUUGAAAUAACAUCCCUGUUAUCAAGCUAUUUACAGACAUAUAGAUUAGUCAGUUGAGAUAUGUUUACUGUAUGGUGUUGAGCAGAUUGAGCUACAAAACGUUGAAGAAACAAGGAGAACAUUUGAUUUUGACAAUGUUACAGCAAGACAUCUGAAUUUGUAAAUAAAAUAAAACAUUUAAUGACAAGAUUAUACAAUUGAAUACGGAUGAAAAUAAAAAAUUGGAAAUUGACUCUUUGGAAAUAGCAUAUGCCAGUUAAGGGGCAGAGUAAGAAGAAAAGAAUCUCAGAUGAGAGGAAAUUCCUCAAAUUCUUUUUUUUAAAUUUUGAGUAAAUGUGUUUAACCUAAUGAUGGACCACAUUGUCCAUUCACUAGUUUCAUGCUUUGGGUCUGUAAGAUGACAAUUUGAAGAUAUUGUUGCUACAAAUAAGAAAAGAUAAAAUAAUGUUGGAAUUGUUUUAAUUUACCUUGAAAUUUUAUGCAUUGAAUUUAUUACUUCAAGAUGUUGAGAAUAUGGUUUCCAGUUGCAAAAAGUGUCAAAUUCACAGCGCUUGUCCAUCUUCUGCAUUAAAAAUUGUGCCAUCAAACAGACUUCAUGGUGAGGCAUAUGAUAACAAUUAUGAACUUUAUAGAGUCAUCGAAGCACUAUCAGUUAAUUAAGUCCAAUAUAAAAGGACAUUUUCAAAACUAAAUAUCUUAAAGACAAGGCUAAGAAAGUCACUGUUCGAGGAGAACUUAGAAUGAUCCAUUUUACAAUCCAUUGAAAAAUUAUUGUUAGAUGAAUUAGGUAAUGUAGCAAUUAUUGACAAAUUUGCACAAUCAUCUAGUGCAGUGAGGUGAAUAGUUUUCUGUUUCAUUGUUCACAGCUAAUUAGCCCAAACAAUGGCACAUCUGCUAAAUUUCUACUAGCUUCCCUGAAAACCUAAAUUCAGGUACCGGUAUGCAUAAAAAUGCAUCCCUUCAAUAUAAGUUAAUAAAAAAAUAGCCCUUCCCUAGACCAUCCCCUCCCUUUUGCUUGGGAGCCUUUUGAACACUCGAUUUCCGCUUCAACGCACCUCACCUGGAUCAAAGUAAAAGAAAAAUUUAUUAAAAAAGGAGCACACUUCUCACUCAUUUAAUAAUUUACUGGGUUUCUGUUUGAAUUUUAAAAAAAAUGUAUUGACACUAAAAUUGUUUUUUGCUGCCGGUACAAAUAUAAAGAAUAUGCUAGAAUUAGAAUAAGCUAUACCGGUACAAAUUUUAGUGAGUCACAAAGAAGUAUGAAAAUAACUGGGUCACACAAAAAAAAGUGUUGGAAAUGUUGAGCUAGUGAAUACAAACUAAUGCUCUUAAUGAAGUGUACUGCAAGAAAUUAAAUAAGGUUUUGAAUUAGCUGCUAAAGUGUAAAAUGUACAAUACAAGCAACUUAUUCAAAAAUAUCCACUGCAUACUUAAGUUUUAGAAAUAUGCAGUAACUGUAUACUUUAUUUACUACAAAAAUAUACAGUCACUUCAUAAAAAUUGUUAUUUUUGUCCAUUUAUGACACUUUAUGUAAAAUUGUAUUUAUUUCUUAUAGUUUAGAGUGGGCCAACCUUGUCUCCUGCCUGGCAACCAAUGUUUUUAGACCCAGUCCUUCAUUGCAUUUCAAUAUUUCCAGAUAGCAUUGUUAUUUUCAAGUUGAUGUAAUUGUUAUUAUUCUUUUCUAAAAAUCUAAUUUUAAUCAAUGACUCUGGAUUAAGAGGUGUGCAGACAGUGUAGAAAAUGUUUUGGCUACUUAGCUGUGUUAUUGUGAUUUCCAUCAAACGAGGCUCUUUUCCUGAUUAUGUCCCAGACAUGUUUUUUACUUUAAACUUCUUACUCAUCACUUUUGCAUGAAUUAAGAGUUUUGGUCAAUUGACAUUGUGGAGUCUAUGGCAGUUAAUGGAUAUUUCCAAUAUCUUUCUAUAGAAUACUCAUUGAGUCUAAUAUAUCUAUGAUAUUUAUAUUUUUGUUUAUAAUUUAUUUGAAGAGUUUUUCUCAACUCUAUAAUUCGUAUUGCAUGAUUCCCAAAUCCUGGGUGGCUAAAUCAAAUUCUGGGUAUGAUUUGUCAAAAACCAAAAAAAAAUGCUGCCGAUUUCUUAUCUAAUUAUGAAGAUUAUUGUUUUCUAUUUUUAAUCAAUUGCUUUUAAAAUCUGAACAUUGAAAAUUUCAUCAAAUAUUUUCAACACUUUGCAAAGUUAAAGAACUUUUUUUUAAAAAACGGGCUAUAAAGGUUUGUUUCAAAUCUGAUAAAAUUUCUGAAAUUUUUUCUGCAUUCAGUCAUUACAUGUGGUCUUCUGCAACUACAACAAUAUAACUUUAAUGGCUGACAUUGAUACCGAAAGCUUGAAUAUUCGCUCUUGAUCUUAUAUUUUAUUUCAUCACAGAGUUUCAGUAACGUCAGAAUACAAGACACCAGAUUCCACUCUGAGGUUUUCAGGUUUUGUAAUAAAUUAACUAAUCAUAUUCAGUAGUUGUAUACUGUUUAGCUGAAAAUGAAUAGUUUGUUUUAGCUUUCUGUAAUAAAAUUCUUUUUUCUCUUGGACAAUAGGUGCUGUCUUUGGAAGAAUUCAAAAAAAGUCAAAGAAUCUCCAUUUACCUUUCCCUGAAGGAUGAAGUAAAUACUCUUCCUAUUUUACAAUAUAUGUUUAGCUCUGGGAAACAAUGUUUUAUUCCCCAUUUUGAAAAUCAAGAGAUGAUCAUGAUAAAAUUGGAAUCUUAUGAGGCAUAUGAACACCUGCCAGUAGCAAAUUCUUGGGGAAUCAAGCAGCCUUUAGUAUUUGACCAGUCUUUGGAUGCUAUUCAUUCAGGUAAGAAAAAUUAGAAAAAACUAAUAGAUAACAUGUUCACAGUCAGCCAAAAUUGAUUUUGAAAAUUACUUUAAAAUUCACAACCAAUUAAAUAAUUGUAUUUAUUAAUGUGAAGAUGUAUUUGUAUACAUUUCUUGCCCCUUUCUGUUCUUUACGUAUUUUUCAGAAAUCAUAGAUUAUUUAUAUUUUUCAGGAGGACUUGAUUUAAUAUUUAUGCCAGGUUUGGCAUUUACUAAAGAUGGUGCAAGAUUAGGACGAGGGAUGGGUUAUUAUGACAAAUAUCUACAAAAAUGUGAAGACAAUGGAAAACUUCCAAAAACAAUUGCAUUGAUUUUCAAAGAACAAUUAGUUGAUGAAGUUCCAACUUGGCAGCAUGACAAGUCUGUUGACAUGGUAUUAUUUCCAACACAGCAAGAAAUAGAUGAAUUAUUAAAAGAAAAUUUAUAAGAUGAAUAUUGAGAAUCUUUCCAUCACGGGUAAAUGAAUUAUAAAAUUUUAGAAAUUAAAUUAAGUUUUAAAUAAAUUUAAAAACUGAAAUUGGCAAUAAAAUUCUUUUUUAAAAAAACAAGUUUUUUAUACAUUUAGUAAAUUUUAUUUAAAAAAAAUGAUUUGUAUAAAAAUACUAAUACUAAUAGCUCACAGUUUGACAAACUCAUUGAUUUUUCUACAUCUUUUCUUUUUAUUUUGAAUGGAAAAUGUUGCACUAUAUUUUGGCAGCACUGAUAAAAUGUUGGUUAAAGUUUUUUUUUGUUUUAAUAUUCCAGAAUUGUAAAAUAUUUUCUUCCUUUUGCAGUUUAAAUGACUGUCAUUUUCAGUGAGAAAGAUGUGACAUAUAUUAUAUUUUCCUCAUUUAAUCAGUUGCCAAUUUAAGAAUAGAAAAAGCAUAUAAUAACAGUUUUGCUUUGUGCUUUAAUCCCUAUUCAGAGUUGAGCCAUGUGCUUUCAUGGAACCUAGCGUUCAUCAAUAACUAUUAUAAAUAAAUGUGUAAAUUAUUUUAGUGUUUUCUUGCUUUGUUAUGAAUUACAAAGUAAAUAUUAAUAUAAAUAUUUGUGCUGGAACUAAUUAAUCUUAAUGCCUAAUGCUUCCAAAAGUCCAGGUGAGCUAACAACAUUAUUCAUAUUUUCAUUAGCCUGCCUAAAUUAGGAUUUCAGGAUAUAAAUUGAGUCAUAACAUAGUUUAUAUUAUGCACUCUUUAAACACACCAGGAAGUGGGAUGCCUGUCAAUUCAAUUAAUUGCUUAACGUGUGUUGCCAGAAUGAGACAUUUUACAGCAGCAUUCAUCUUUUUAUGCACUUCAUGUAUCGGUAUUUGUAAUUCUUUUUCAUGAAAACAUUUUUCAGAUGGCCUCUUAAUCUUAUAAUGAAACAAUUGUUUUGUAAAUCCGUAAGAAGUUUUUAAUGUAAUAGUAAUUAUUAUGACUUGCAACUUUUGUAAGCAAAUUGAACAUUUUAUACAGUUUAAGGAAUGUGGAGUAGGAGGUGCUCAUUAUCCAUGAAGAGAUUAAUAUUAAAAUACAGCAGGGGUGUAGAACCUUUUCCUGACAAGGGCCAUUUGCAUAUUUAAUGCGGACCAUACAAAUUCAGGGCUGGCGCCCCAAGCCUUGAACCGCCAAGCACAAAACAUGUUUACACCCUGCCCCCAUAUAUUAUUUCCCCUUACAUAUACAGGGUGGAACAGAGAAAGUGAGAACAUCUCGAAACAAAGGGUUAUAUAAUUGAUUGAUUAGAAUGUUUUUGUCAUUGACAGUUGUAUGAAAAUUAUUACUCUAAUAAAAAAAAUGUUAACUCUGUUUUUCCUCUCCCCCCCCUGCUUCUCAAUGACUUAUUGCAAGCCUUGGCACCUUUUUAUGCUUCUGACAAAAAAUGCGAUUUUAUCACAUUUUUUGGGCCACGCUGUAGAGCAUGAACUGAAAAAAAUAUGAUGCAAAUUAAUAUUAAUAAAUAUUACUUCAUCAUCAAUUAUCUUUGGCGAUUAGUAACUGUUUUAAGAUUUACAUAUAUUAAUAUAAAAACUUAUAAAAGAAUUGGUUCUUUUAGCUAUAAAACUAUAAAUUGUUAAUGGAUUUAUAUAAAUUGACUACCAGUAAAGUUUUCCAGUACCAUACUUAAUGCAUUGUUCAAUAUAAUUUACUUAACAGAUAUGAUUAGAGUUAGCUGCAGUGCAAUAUAAACAUUGUGGGAACUAUGUGCUUAAAUCUUUUGUGUAAUUUACUUAAUAUGAUUUUUAAAAUGCUUAAAUAUAAGCUGCACAGCGCAAAAAUUUUGAAUAUUUUCUCAAACAUUGCAAUGUCAAUGUUUAAUUGGCUGCUGAAAUUAUUUUCUUACUGCUUCAUCUUAUAGCAUUGUUGAAAAUAACAAUCAUCUCACCCCUAAAUUGAUGGCUUGAACUGCUUCUCUUUGGUGAGGCCUGUAAUAUUAGCUGGUAUUGACAAUUUUGCUACUUGAAACUGAUUUUCCUUUUUUGCAUUGGUCAGUCUGGAGCGCACUCAACGCUAUUCGAUUUUAAGUUUUGAAAAGAAAUGCUGACAGCAGUAAGUUGUUCCAAACACAGAUGCAUGUUUCAUGAAGGUCUACGCCAAGUUGGCAAUUCUCAUUGCUUAUGUAACGGUUAUAGAACUCAAGCAGUGGGAAGUUUUGUGCAUAGCUUUUAACUCAUCAUCACAUUGCAGCUGAAUGAUUGGGUGUUGUGGGUUAUCAGGCAGAUCAGCUGGACUGAUAUUAAACGGUGUAUCAAAGAUGUUCGAUUCCAUUUGUUUUCUUUUAAUGUCUUUGAAUUUUUCAAUAACUCGCCAUCUUGCGGGUCCUUCAAAACGUACCGUUAUGAUUCACUUAUAUAAAUUUAUGUUGCUAUGGAAAAAAAAAUCUCCUAUAUUUAUUGGAUUUUUAAUUCCAAUGGCGGGCUGGACCAAAUAAUCUUGCAGCCUGCGGCCCGGACGUUCCCGACCCCUGAAAUACAGGAUACUUAAAUUUAGCAAAGAAAAUACAAUUCCUCAAACAUGCAUACCAUACCAGUAUUCAUUUUGUUGACAAGUU